CACAGCGCCGCCUGUCGGACGCCGCCAGUACCCGCCCGGACUCGAGUGCGCACGCUCCGUGCCCCGCGACAAUACUGCAUUUACACCAUCUAAAUAUUUCUUUCUUCCUCAAAACAAACCCUCCAAAUUUAUCCAAAUCCUGUUCAAUAACGCAUGCCGUGACGCGACCGUCCGCGUCGCUGGCCGCAGCCCAUCGCGCGCGCUCAUCAAAUACUUAACCUAAAACGUCGUUACGAUUACGUCAAUAAGGCGAUCCCCCCGUUCGGCUCCGCUGUUAUUGUUUAUUAUUACAUUAUAAACACUUAUUUCCUGAUGGUGCUGUAAACGGGCUGGCGACGCGAAGCUCACAAACGGUCUAAAUAUCAACGCUUUCAAACCGGGUGUAUCGAAAUAUUAAUAUAAGUUAUGUUGUAGUUGCAAAUAUUGUUCAGUCAAUUCUAAAAGUGUAAGUUUAGAUUUACGGCCGCUGUUCAGUGAAGAGUGAAAAGUGGAGAACAUAACGGCUGCCAAGAGGAACACCGGGUUCACCCCGGUGACAGACAGAUACAGUGUUAUUCUGACGAUAUCAACAAACGCUUCCGACGGAUUCUCUUUGAUAAACGAUUACAACGCCGCCCCGCUGUUCGCCUCGGAAAACGCCUCCAGUGAAGUGUGGAGUGCGGGCGGCGGGGCCGGCGGUGGAGGUACAGCAUGCGGUAGCAGCGGCAUGGACUUGAAGCACGAGGUAGCGUACCGCGGCGUGCUGCCAGGCGCGGUCAAGGCCGAACCAGGGGUCAGUCACAACGGCCACCAGGCCAACGGCCACGUGCGCGACUGGAUGGCCGGCGGCGCGGGCGCUGGGUCCCCCUCUCCCGGCCCGCCGGUGCAGCCGCAGCCGAACGGGUACUCCUCGCCCCUGUCCUCAGGCAGCUACGGACCCUACAGCCCAAAUGGAAAAAUAGGUCGUGAGGAACUGUCACCGGCUUCAAGUGUUAAUGGAUGCAGCACAGAUGGCGAGGCGAGGCGGCAGAAGAAAGGCCCAGCACCGCGGCAACAAGAGGAGCUAUGUCUCGUCUGCGGCGACAGAGCCUCCGGGUACCAUUACAACGCGCUCACAUGUGAAGGGUGUAAAGGAUUCUUCAGGCGGAGUGUAACCAAAAAUGCAGUGUACAUAUGCAAAUUCGGGCAUGCAUGUGAGAUGGACAUGUAUAUGCGGAGAAAAUGUCAGGAGUGUCGGUUGAAGAAAUGUCUGGCAGUGGGCAUGAGGCCCGAGUGUGUGGUGCCAGAAAACCAGUGUGCAAUGAAACGGAAAGAGAAAAAGGCACAAAGGGAAAAAGACAAGUUGCCCGUCAGUACAACGACAGUAGAUGAUCACAUGCCUCCCAUUAUGCAAUGUGAUCCACCGCCCCCAGAGGCUGCAAGAAUUCUGGAAUGUUUGCAGCACGAGGUGGUGCCGCGGUUCCUGAAUGAGAAGCUAAUGGAACAGAACAGGCUGAAGAAUGUGCCCCCCCUCACCGCCAACCAGAAGUCCCUAAUAGCGAGGCUGGUCUGGUACCAAGAAGGCUACGAACAGCCGUCAGAAGAGGACCUAAAAAGAGUCACACAGACCUGGCAGUCGGAUGAAGACGAAGAAGAGUCGGACAUGCCGUUCCGUCAGAUCACCGAGAUGACAAUCCUCACAGUGCAGCUCAUUGUAGAAUUCGCUAAGGGCCUACCAGGCUUCGCAAAGAUCUCACAGUCGGAUCAGAUCACGUUAUUAAAGGCUUGUUCGAGUGAAGUGAUGAUGUUGCGAGUGGCUCGGCGGUACGACGCGGCGACAGACAGCGUGUUGUUCGCCAACAACCAGGCGUACACUCGCGACAACUACCGCAAGGCAGGCAUGGCCUACGUCAUCGAGGACCUGCUGCACUUCUGUAGGUGCAUGUACGCCAUGAUGAUGGAUAACGUCCACUAUGCACUGCUCACCGCCAUCGUCAUUUUCUCAGACCGGCCCGGGCUUGAGCAACCCUUGUUGGUGGAGGAGAUCCAGAGAUAUUACCUGAACACGCUGCGAGUGUACAUCCUGAACCAGCACAGUGCGUCGCCGCGCUGCCCUGUCAUCUUCGGCAAGAUCCUCGGCAUCCUGACGGAGCUGCGCACUCUGGGCAUGCAGAACUCCAACAUGUGCAUCUCGCUCAAGUUGAAGAACAGGAAGCUGCCGCCGUUCCUCGAGGAGAUCUGGGACGUGGCGGACGUGUCUACCACGGCCACGCCGGCAGCCCCCGUGACGGAAAGCGCGGCGCUCUAGCCCCCGCGCCGCUCGCGGCCGCAGCGGCCCCCGAGGCCCCCCGGGCCCCCGCGGACCCCCGGGCCCCGGCGGGGACCCGGCCACGUGUAGCCUGCGCCCGCCGCCCUCAGGAGAGAACGCUCAUAGACUGGCUAGUUUUAGUGAAGUGCACGGACACUGACGUCGGACGUGAUCAACCUAUUUAUAAGGACUGCGAAUUUUACCACUUAAGAGGGUACACCUGUGCCCGAUUUCGUACGUAUUCGGUGACCGACGACGAUGAUGUGCGAGAGAUUAGUGAAUAUAUGUGUUGUUGAACGUUUGGAGAAUAUAUAUUAGUGUUGAUCGUUACGGGCCCGCGCCGCCGCCGGCCGGCAGCUCGGCCGGCGCCCGCCGCGGCUCCGACUUUAUUUCGUUUUCGACUGGAUACUGAGUUGGUCACUCGGAUACGACUGUAUGAUAAGACUUCGUUCGAUAAGUACACCUCCUAAAUUACACAUACGUACAUAAAUUACGAGAGUUUAAUUAGAGACAAAGUAAUAUAUGAAAAGGUGUUUCUAUUGGGUGAAAAGUUAUAUUAUGUUUAUUUACCAAAAUGAACAAUACGUCUAGCCCACUGGGCUGUCGACUGUGUUGUGUCGAGUAGUCCGCCGUGGCCACGUCCCCGUGGUGACUACGACAACUUGGUUUAUAUUAUAGUAGAUGUGAGGCGUGUUAUCGUGUCCUGUCGAUUUAGUUCCGAUUCAUGUUCCAUCGUCCUGUGCCCGCGUCCCUCGACUAAAUGACUAAUUAUAAUUUAUUGCUGUGAUUACAUUUAUGACAUGUUGAUCUACUGUAGGCUGAUGUAAGUGCGACUUAUUACAAUACAAGCUGUGUGUCGUUGAUAGCUUCCACACAUGCAAGCCUCUAUUUAGUUUCAGUACGUGUUUAAUUGACAUGGACACUCGGCCCGCAAUAAUAUAAUAAUAAUCGAUGUACAUUCACCAUACACGACUAAUAUCACACGACUUUGGUAUCUAAACGAAUACACCAUACUGUUAACUGUUAAAACGUAGAUACUGAAGCCAGUAACAAUUGAAAUAUCAGUGCAAUUUAAGGUUACUUUCAUAAUCAUACAAUAAAAUAACUAGACGUACGUGAAAUAGUCUAUUUGUGUCACAUUACGCUUAAGUACACGGAGACAGGUUUGGCUGAAUCCCAGUUAAUUGUUCAGGUCCCUGUAUACGAGUACAGAGCCGCUGUACUCGUUGUGCGGACCUGACAUUGCGUGCAUGUUCUAAGGCAGCUGUAACGUAGGUAUGGAAUAAUAACGGUAGAGCCUAAAAUAAAACAUUAAUCUUUGUAAGUAUUUAUUUUUAUUGUUUAGAUACAACAUUCCUUUACUUAAUUCUAUGUAUAUUAUAUGAAAGUACAAAAUGGCAGCUGAAUUACCUCUAUUCUAUGGCUUCAAUAUAAAAAAGUAAUAGUGAAUUAGUGUCGAUUUGGCCGAGCUUACUCUAUGGGAACAAUAUUGGUGUAGUAGACACUAAAGUGUAACAUGUUGAUAGACGACGAGCACGCAACGUGGCCGUAGCGGGGCCGAACCUGUCUGCCGUCCACAUACAGUAAGAACCUCGUAGCAAUAUGAACACAUUAUUAUAUACACAUUCGACACAUAAAUACUGCCGUAAAGCGAUGACUCCUAUACGAAAUGCUUUAUUUCGCGUUACCUGUGUUGUGUACCUACAUCGUUGACGACAAAUCAUAGUAUAUAGAACAUAAAAUUAAUCGAUCUCAAUUACCGGUAAGCGUUGUUAAAGAAUACGUUAGACGUGUUUUCCGUUCUUGGCGUUUCGCGUCGUGUCGGUUCACCUUUGUUAGCUUGUGUCGACGGCGCAUUUCUCGUUCAUGGUUCUGUACAGCGUCCGUCUCGAAGCCUUCUGUCUGUCGCAAUAUUCAUAGUUAGAACACCAAUGCCGCGUGUAACGUUCAUCUCCAUGUCACAGCUCGCGAGUCCCGCGACCGCGCGAAGCUUCACCAUCCAUAACAUUAUCGAUAAAUAAGUAACGUAAGUGUCUGUUUGGUGCGUGUUGAAUGUGUCUUCUUUACAUGCCAUUAAGUGUGUUGUAUAUUUACAUAAUAACAUGUGUUUGGAGUUUUGGAAAUGCAUUUCUUAAUAUACGUAUAAAAUCAGCGUGAGACGAUCGGGCUUGCACCGCGGACCGCGCGCUAGGCCGCUUAAAACGAUCUUUUCGAUUAACAUUGUAUAAUUUUAUUGUAGCAUUAGGCGUUUCUAAAAUAGCAAACGAAGCACAAACGUCACUGGAGUGUCUUAAGUGCCUCUGGUGUAAUAGGGGCGUAUUGAUAACGAACACACUGCCAUUAUAAUCGUAUAAUUAUUGCAUGGUGCGAUCUUGUAUGCGUGUUAUAGCGGGUUUUUUCUAUUGAUGAAUAUGUUUCUGUUGUGAACUGUAGGUGAUAGGAAUGAACAUUCAUUGAAAUCUAGCGCUACGAUACGUUGCCUUAUGACUGAGGUGCACGACGGGCGAACCUGCGGGGUACCCUCAAACUCUUGGAGGUACGGGAGACACCGCGGGCUCGGUCGCGACUGUUUUGCAUCUCAAGUUUGUGACAAAUAUAACUGCCAUUCGAUAAGUAAUUAAUAUACAUCAUUCGACGCGUAGUUUCAUAAAUAGCUUGUUAGAUUUCGGCUUCUGUCGGUGCACAGCCGGUCGUAUUUGAUACAUAUUAUUCAAUUUCGAAAUUGUAAUAGAUUUAUUAAGUAUGUAAUAAUCUCACAUGAGAAAGUAAUAAGUAAUGAGAUACCCUAAUAUAAUUUGUGUCUUAGCUGAUAAUGGAACAUUAGUAAGAUAAUAAGUUUAUAUCGCUUGACGAGAUGACGAGAUGUAGUUGUGGGAGACACGAUACAAGUGGUACAGCAGCGGGUGAGCGGGGAGACUGGACCGACUUCACAGCCGAUGUAACGAGCUGAUACCUUCUUCAAUGCCUUUUGAUCUAUACUUUAGUUCAUAUUGUUCGGAAGCACUGAGUAUUGUAGUGACCAAACGUGGCACGUCCAGUCUAAUAAAUAAUAUAUGGUGGAUUUGAUAUAAUCUACUGUGUCCAUUAAACUUGUACAUAGGUACCUUUAGAUUCUAUUGUCAUAUGUUUGACAUAUGUACGUUUAAUUUUAUUCAUCUAAGAAAGUACAGAUGGCUGUUGUUAUUUUUAUAUUAUUUGGGUAGAAGUAUAUUUUUUGUAAAUGACCUCUGUAUUUAUCUUUUGUAAGCUUUGUAAGCCAUAGGGACUUAGAUUAGUGUACGAGCUACGAACAUUGUGAUUGCUAUUUACUUUGAAUUUGUAUUUACUGAGAUAUUUUUUGUUCUGCGUAUAUAUUCUUCGUUUCGACAGAUGUUUCUUAAUUUUGUUACUUCAGAGUGCAAUAUGUACAAAUAUUUACAUAUUAAAUAUAACAUGUACAGUCAUUUUUUUAGUUUUAAUGUGUCAACGCAAUAUGUUUCACUAUUCAUUCGUUGAAUGUACACUAGAAGGCAUAAUAAACGAUAUCACAAGUGGGUUGCGUCGCAACAUACACUCUCACUAUUGUGUUUUUCUAAUACUUAAGUGAUUAAUUUUAUAAUAGACGGACUAGGUGAUCUUUGUAUUUAAAUUUGCUAAUUUUUUGUAGCAGAUUAGAUUUGUUUACAUGGAUAAGAUGAAUAAUGUACAUUUUGAAUUGAUUUUAAAGUGAUUUAGUUGUUAUUUAGUAACGAAUUUUCUUAUUAGAUGUAACUGGCAGCCUCGUGGACUGGCUUGGAGUCCACUGAUACCAGUGCGAUGUGUGCAAUGUCUAGUAAUACAUAGAGGCGGCCGAGUGCUGUCUCACAAGCCGACUCUGUCACAGUAGUGCCACGUCGAACGAUGGGAAGGCUGAUAUUACGAGAUAAGGGCCCAUUCCGUGUUCAUCGAAACACAAUAAUUUUGUAUAAUUAUUAUUUCUUCAAUCUAUUAGUCCGCAGUAACUAUUUUACUUUCCUCCUAAUACUUUGCCUUAGUAAAUCCUCUGUUAAUAUUACAUGGUUUAACAACAGUGGUGAAGCGAAUUAGAUAUAGGGAACAGACAUGACGACAUGUUAAAAUUUAGAGAAACAACUUUUAUAAAAGAUAAUAACUACAAAACAAAAACCAAGAAAGGUGUGUACAAAAUGAGGAAAUUUGUAUGAAACAUUGUUAAAUGCGAAUAAACUUACACCUCAAGAUAAAAUUAUAAAAAAUA